AAAGAACAUUCUUUUUCUCCCUUUAGUUUUCUUUUUUUUUUUAUCAUGUCUGUCUUGAUAAAAGGCUUGUUUAAGCGUCAGCUCUAUGCCCUCACUCUAUCUGCUUUCAUUGGCUCUGUCCUUGUACGAAAGUUAGUGCAAGCCAUCAUUGUUCCUAAGCACCUGCGUCAUAUACCCAAAGUAAACACUCUACAAUGGUUUUGGAGUGUUGUAAUUGGAGAAAGCCAUGAUGUGCGCACUAGAAGACUUAUGCUUCCACUUAUGAAUAAACAUGGUCUUUGUCUAAAAUAUGUUAUGGGUACUUGGGCGCUUACUGUAGCUGAUCCUGUGUAUCUUCAAAUGCUUUUAAAAGACAUUGAGAUGUUUCCCAAGUUACAAGUUACUAUGGAUCCUGAUUUGAUAUUAACUAAUAAUGAGCCAAACAUGGGCAAUGCUAGCGUCGCAGUUUGGAAGAGACAAAGAAGUGUGGCCAACCCCGCAUUCCAUCGAGCCAUGCCUGUCGAAACAUUUGCACAGGUUGUACUAAGGAUGUUUGAAUCUAUAGAUAAGCAUCACCCAGAUGGUGUAAUUGACGCUGUUAGUUAUAUGAAGAGAUAUACGCUCGAUUGUCUUGGAUUGGGUAUUUUUGAUUUCGAUAUGCAAACAGUUUCUGAUCCAAACUCUUGCUACGCAAUUCAGUAUAAAGAAGCAUUUAGUAUCGUUAGAGAUCCAUUUGUUUAUCUUUUUCCUGCAUACACUUACUUGCCUUCAAGGUUGAUCCCUUAUCGUAAUCGUGCACGCAAAGCCAACGAGAAUCUUCGUCAGCUCCUUCAGGAUAUCAUUAAAAAAAAGAAGGAGUCUCCGUCUACAAAAAGCAACCCUGAUUUAUUGUCACUGAUGAUCAUGGCUACAAACCACGAUAAGACAGGUAAAGAGUACUUGACCGAUGGUGAAUUGGUUUCCAAUAUUGCUGUCUUUUUUGUUGCAGGUCAUGAAACAACGGCUAGUGCAACCUCGUCAUUCUUGUAUUAUCUGGCAACGCAUCCUAAUAUUCAAGAAAAGGCAAGAAAGGAAGUGUUAUCUGUACUAGGUGAUGAUCCUGAAGAUAUUAUACCAACAGACAAAGAAUUAAAGCAGAUGGACUAUUUGAAUAACUGUAUAAAAGAGACCAUGAGAAUCAAUCCCCCUACAUCAGGCAAUUUACCAAGAGUUGCAAGCAGAGACACACACAUUGGCAACAUAUUUAUUCCCAAAGGCACCAUGAUUAAUUUAGAACUAUAUAGUGCACAUCACUUGGAUAAAUAUUGGGAUCUACCAGAAGUAUUCAACCCAGAUAGAUUUAACACAGGUAGCCCAGGCUAUAGAGAGAAAGCGACAUGGAUGCCCUUUGGUUAUGGUCCUCGUACCUGUAUUGGCCUCAACUUUAGCAUGUACGAACAAAGAGUACUCAUGGCUAUGUUUUUGAAGAAAUAUACUUGGAAAUUGGUACCAAAUAGCGAACAUGAGCAUGGUCUAAAAAAUGCAGUCGGAGGCGGUAUUGGGCUUUUAGGCCCUGAAUCACUUAGAAUCAUACUAACAAAGCGCUAUCCAUAAUUACUCUGUAAUAUAAAUAUAUAUUUUUUUGACUACAUUUCAACUAAACAACUUUAUGCACUAAAAUGUAACAAGUGAUACUGAAAAUCGCUUAUUCUCAUUACUGCGUGUAUUUUUUUACUACAUUUUUUUUC